GUGGGUAUACGCCGCGUACAUUUCUUACUUGCGCACCUAUAAAACGUGGCUUUUUGCCCGCGUUCGUGAACAACGUUUCCUUCGGCUUACCAUAGUUCACCAAGAUGCUCGCUCAACAACGCCUAGGCGCCGCUCGGCAACCUGCCGCCUUCCGUGCGGGCAAGGUAUACGCGCGACCGGUGCGGCGGACUGCCGUGAAGGCUCGCGCGACCCUCAAGGUCAUGAUUAGCGGUGCGCCAGCUGCCGGCAAGGGCACGCAGUGCGCCAAGAUCAUCGAAAAGUACGGACUUGUCCACAUCUCGGUUGGCGAUAUCCUGCGUGAUGAGGUCAAGAACGGAACUGCCGCUGGCAAGAAGGCUAAGGACUUCAUGGACCGCGGUGUGCUGGUGCCCGAUGAGGUCGUGGUGGAGAUGGUUAAGUCGCGCCUGGCCCAGGACGACGUGAAGCAAAACGGCUGGCUGCUGGACGGCUACCCUCGCAGCGCUUCGCAGGCGGAGGCCAUCGAGAAGGAGGGCAUCCGCCCGGACAUCUUCCUGCUCAUCCAGGUCCCCGACGAGCUGCUUGUGGAGCGGGUGGUGGGUCGGCGGUUGGACCCCGUCACCGGCGCCAUCUACCACCUCAAGUACAACCCGCCCCCGGCCGACAUCGUGGGCCGCCUGGUGCAGCGCAGCGACGACACCGAGGAGAAGUGCCGCGUGCGUGUGGCCACCCACAACGCCAACGUGGAUGCCGUGGUGGGCUACUACACGGACUGCAAGGUCGACAUCGACGGCACCCAGUCCAUGGCGGAGGUUUUUGAGGCAAUCGCCACCGCGCUGGACGCCGCGGUGGCCAGCAAGGACCCCCUGGAGCAGUUCUGCAAGGACUCGCCGGACGCUGAUGAGUGCCGCGUGUACGACGAUUAAAUGAUGCGCGCCGUACACGUUGAUGUGUCGUACACGACAGCAACUGCGGUACGUGGCAUGUGGAAAUAGGCAUUCGAAGCUGGAGUGUGGCUCGUGUUAAUGAAACAUCAUGGCCGGCGUUGUCGUUUGACCGUUGACCACGGGCUUUCCAUGCUAGGACUAGGACCGGGCUAGCAAGCGGAUUGGGCCAGACGGGUGCGGUUGGGGCAGGGGAGGCCAACCGGUGGAUAAGGGACGAGGCCCUGGAGGGAAGGGCGAAGCAGACGGCGCUGCAGCUGAAAAGGAGCGUCAUAUAUGAAUCCCGGUCAGGGGAGCAUCCUUGCCGGGGCCGCUCGAACUGUGAGGGAUGGCGUGCGUUCUCACGUGAUCAGUUUUAUGGAUCUUUGGAUAUACAGACGCUUUGAAGGCAAGGGGCGUCCAUGUUCGUGCUAUGGAGCGUCUGGCCCUGUGAUGUGGGGAAGUGCCGUGCCGAGGCACAACACGGGGCUUGAUGAAUUUGGAGGACGUUGAGGUAGUCAGUACGUGAUAUAUGGGCGAAUACUGCUGAUACAUGUGCAUGUUGGUUUCGUUUAAGUCCUUGGCAUACCUGGAUCGCUGGAUGUGGGUCGGCUGUGGGGUAGGGUUGAGGGAUAAAACAUCCGUACGAGAGCAGGGGUAGGUUUACGUGCCCAUGUGGCACCCAGACUGUAACCGCUGCCAUAGAA